GUAUUAACGCGCGACCAUACCGGCGGCGUCGGUGUCCCGUGGAGGAACGCCGAGGACGGCCGAAGACGGCCGAGCGUGCACGAGGCAACAGGCGGCUCGUUUUAAACCCGUGGCCUACGGGGAGUUUUCCAAGCGGUUGCCUGACAGUAAGCCGCCGGCCUCCAAAGCGUGUGUGUCUUUCGUGUAGCUCGAGGAACGACGCUUCGGUGAAAGUAAGGUUUCGCGUGUUCCUCGCUGUACACUUCCGGAACCAACAAUAUUCCACCAUCAUUCCUGAGUGCGAUAUCGUGACAAGUGAUGCGUGCGUGGCUUCACGAAUGUUCGGAUUCGAGUGACGUGACCGAAAAAUUGAGGUUAGCCGCGUGACAAACGCGCGGUCGGAAGGAUUCAUUUUCACCGUUCGACGAUCGAGUCUAGCGAAAAAGGAUAAUCUUGAGUAGAACCCGGUGUGGACGGUUAAACGAUUCCUGUCGCGUCGCCGCGUGAAAAUAGAGAACCGUUCGACAAUCAACGGGUAAACACAGAGUGUACAGCCUUCUGUUUGACAACAAACGGAACAGACGGGACGCGUGUUACAGCGUUGUCUAUUCGCGGACGUCGACGUCCAAUAAGAUCGAUUUUCUGUGCACGCCGUCAGGGGACCAACGUGGUAAACGAGAUUUUUCGAUCGGGGAACUAGCCCCUCUCGGCCAUGGCGGUUCACGUAUUCGAAAAGCCCGCGCGUCUUUGAAACGGCGUUUCUUUCGAAUCCGUUGAAACAAGUGAGAUCAGCGAAGAUGACAGGACCGGUCCAGCGUGGCCUGAUCGUGUUGUCGUUCUUGGCGGCGGUCUGCCACGCGAACGAACUGAAGGACUACUGUUCGAUGCACAAGUUCGACAAUCUGCCGGGCGGCCUGAGGUUCACCAAGGAAGUCGUGACCACGGAGUACGCGAACAUCGGCGCGUUCAAGGCUCUCCAUUGCUGUCUACGCGGCUACAGGAGCAUCGAAUGGUACAAGGACAACAGAGCUUAUCCUUGGCCAGGCGGCGAGAGCCACUUCAUCCUGUACCCGGAGAGCGCGAACCAGACGAUUUACACGCAGAAGGUGAGGGCCUCGGAUGCCGGCAGGUAUUCCUGUCGGGCCAGGAACGACACCACCAUCCUCGAAGGAGACAUCACUCUCGCGGUUCUCGGCGAGAAGUCCGGAGGGUACACUGGGAAGCCGUUGCCGACGUUCAGGCCGGCCUCGCAGUUGGUGCCUCUGGGAGGAGCAGCGAGGCUGUUUUGCGAAGCUUAUCUCGGGAAGGUCGAGCUGCCGGACGCGAAGAAUUCGGUGACCUGGUCGAAAAGCGACAGCAACGUCACACUGCCUGAUCACGGGAGGAUCGCCCAGCACAGAGUGUCCAGGGAGAACAAUCAGAUCAUCGGCUGUUAUUUGGAGAUCGAGGACAUAACUCUGGAGGAUUACGGCGAGUACAAGUGCGAAGUUAGCAACGGCGUGGACGAGGAGAUCACGUUACCCGCUCACGUUUACCGGCAAGAGCCGCAGUUCGCGUUGGGUCUCCAAAACGGCUCCUGGAGAAAGUCGUUCAUGCUCGGAGUGCUGGUGCUGGUCCUGCUGAUCUCGGCAGGCGCCUUUUACGCGCGUUGCUGGUUGCCCAUGGUGUUGCUCUGUCGCGAUAAAUUCGCACCCUUAGAAGAGAACGACGGGAAGGAAUGCGACGCGCUGGUCUGCUACCACGAGAAGGACUCCAGCCUGGUCAUCGGUAUCGUGAUACCAACCCUGGAGACCAGGCAUCGAUACAAGUGCACGGCGCUCGAGCUCUCCCACCUGAACCAGAACUGGAGCCUAGAGAUCGGCCCUCACGCAGCGUCCAGCCGCAGAGUGAUCGUAGUCUUGAGUCCCACAUCGUUGGGCAACGUUUGGAACGAGACGAACGUCGGCGCUGUCCUGAAGCAACUGUCAUCGCUCGCCACGCAGACGAUAGUGAUAGCAACGAAGCAGCUGCCGAACGUGACGACGAUCGCGAAACGAUCGAGCAGAGGAUGCAACGACUCCGGCGAACUGUCCCUCGACCGCAUGAAAAUCCUGACUUGGAACGAAGACGGUGGUACCACUGGCGGUGCGGACAACCGAAAAUUCUGGUACCACCUUCGGUUGGCAAUGCCGCCAGUCCGGCCAAUCAGCAACGAGACCGGCUGCCAGUCGGUCGCCAUGAUCGUCCAAGCGAACGGCAAAUGCGGCCAGCAGAAGGCGAGAUCGCGCGAGAGCCUCGAAGUUCUAGUUUAAAGCCGCGAGAAAAUCGGUGGAACGUCGACUAAUCACUUGGUUCCUCCGUUUCUUCCUUUCCUCGAGCACCUCACGAUGUGCGCGCGAGUCGCGUCGCGAAAACCAUCGAGAUCCUCGUGAUUCCCUCCCUCCGGGAACGGGAAAACCGCGAGAUCGCGAUGAAUAACCGAAAGCUGGUCGCUGGAACCGCUCGAGAAUCACGAGCGACUGUCAUGGCGACGCGUUUAGCGUGUUUCUAGAAUCUCUUUAAGACGUUGCCCGAAAUUCUUCGGCGAAAAGCCACUCCGAGUCGCAAAAGUGUACGCGCGUGCUCCGCCGACGUGCUCGACGACUUCGAAGCUUCCCAUUGUUCCAGCCACCUCGUGUUCGAAACGUUAACUCGUAUAAGGUAAAGAUCGCAAUGUCGCGCUUUGAUCCGUUCUCGACGGAAACGUUACAUUUCCGAAUUACAUUUCGGAGUAGAUUACAGUCGCCGCGCUCGUUCGCGUUGUAUAACCCGUUGUUAAAUGUUCACGCGGAACGAGCGCAGCCGAAACCAAUGGACGUUCCUCGAAGUUUCUUAAGAUCGAAAACGCCGACUACGCUUUCCCGUGAACCGCUGCACCGCAGCGUUUAGAAUUCGACACGAACACCCCAUAACCGUUGAUUCCUUGAUCCGGAGAACGGGGCUAAAUGUUAUGCAACCCGCCGGAAGUUCCGGUAUCGAAUCUCUUGAAAGUUUUCUUCAGCCACGGUCGUUCGCUUUUAACCCCUUAUGGCCUGAAAGCACUUCAAACUACCAUUUCCAGAGAAAUCGCUGGCGCGAGUCAAAUUUCAGAUCUUAUUUUUUGAAAAAUUUCAUUCAACCGAUUCAUACUUAUUUUCAAACAAACAACGGUAACUCAGGGCAUAAUGGGUUCAAGGUGGACGCACUGUUUUCGAAUCACGAGAGAUUCGAUCGCUAAGAAAACGUAUUCUCAGCUCAACGAUUCCCGUUAGUUCCGCGUCGAAUUUCAAGUAAUUGCGACCGACUUUUCCCGGUAAUAAAGGCGUAAUAUUUUAAUACCUUUUUUUUUUACGAAAAGCUAGAUUAUCUUGUUUUGACGCUCCUCGACGCGCGAGGCCGAGGAAAGUUGCGAACUUGGCAUGGAAGUCACGUUCGAUUUGAAUCGCCGAUAACAGCGAGAAGGGUUUUAUCCGCGGCGAGUUCGACUUUUAAAAGUCACCGUCGGUAACUGUUGCCGACGGUGACCGACCGGUUAGGUCUCUCUUGCGACAGAGACAGCGAUUCUCUGUCACGCACAAAAUAUCUUCCCCGAAUCGUUCGGGGACGUACGGUGCGCUUCGCCCGUGCAGAAUUCGAGAAAAGAGGAAACGGACGAACGAGAACAGUCUUCCGUCUUGCGUAGCUAAAUUUUCGAGCGGUAUUGUCCGCGAGUGCAGUGGCGCUACAUCGAGAUCGAUGAAACCCUAGCGUAUACCGAUCGGAUCUACUUCAGCGAACAGAAACGCUUAAAUUAAAGCAAGACAAAGAACGAGUAAAAACACAUACACACACACACACACAUACACACACAAAACGAGAAGAAAGUGUAUCACGUUGCUCGUGUCACGCAAUCGCCGAUUGCACGGGCUUUUCAUUCUCUGUUUGUAUAUAUUGGAUACAUAUCGGUGCUUCUUUAUUUAUUUAGUUAGCCGUAUAUUUUAUUUAUAACCGUUUAGGUUCACCGGUUAUUUGUAAUGCGCCCCGAGACGCAUUCUAACGAGCCCCGAGUCCUGGGCCUCGCGUUUUUCGCCGCUCGCGUGUUUCAUAGUGUUUUUACCGGGCGCCCACGACUCUUAACGGAUACGUGAACAUUUUAUACUGUUUUUGUAUAUACUUGUCAAAGGGGGGAGGAUAUAUUGAUAUACAUACAUAUAUUUAUGUAUAUAAUAUAUAUAUUAUAUAAUUAUUCUAUCCCUCUAUCGGCCGAAUUUCGUUCCGCGAUUGUAAGAUUUAUGCAAAAUUAAUGUCAACGUACGAACACGAAUUAAUGUAUUCGAUAGUUUUAAUGAUUUUAUUAAAGAAUGUAUCCGGUAACUUCGAGGUUAAUGACGUUGAACGUAAACUGUACGAAAGUUUCAGUUGAUUGAUAUUCGUCAUUUUGCUAUAGAAAAUUAAAUCAAUUCAAUCCAGUGCAUUGAUGUGACUUCAAAGUCACACGGGCCUAUAGAGGGAUAUGUAUAUAUUAGUAUAUUAAUUAAUAUAUAUAUUAUAUAUAUCGUCGGUUCAACUUACAAUUAGAGGAAAACUACGCGACGCUCUUUUCAGUUGCGUGGUGAAGUUUUUAAUCAUAAUCGUCUUUCUUUCAUAUUCCGCUUGUAGAACGAUUGGACUCCGGAUAUUUAUGCGGACGUCAAUUCCCGAAAGUCCAUUAAAAAGCGCCGAGGGGUUGUAGGGGCAGUUCUUCGAUUCGAAUCGAGGAUCGCGGGAUAUCGGUGGUUACGUAAUAAUUUUAUCAGAUAUUCGCUACGUUCCUUGUAAUCGCGCGGCGCGUAAAUGUCCGCAGUCUGACGAUAAACGGCACUUACAUCGACAAGGGAGACGCGAUGUAUUUGUUCUUUCACCGAAGACUGCAGAACGUUCCCGCGGUUUCGCUGAAAUCUGAAGUUGAACGAACAGUACAUGCACGGCGUACAUACGCGCGUCCGUUUUUCUACAAGGUGGGUUAUCAGUUGCGUCCACGCGACUUACGAAAGACUCAAGGUGAAUCGUGUAACCCGCGCGAACCGUGUGACGCAAGCGAUAAUCCUGUUGCCUCUAAUACUUAAGGUGAUUGAUCAUUACGUGUAAUUGUAUACAAGGUGGCCCGUUUUAAUCUACCGUACAUUUCUCUCGCGCCUCCACCAACCGAACUACAUGUAAAAUACAUACAUACAUACAUACAUUACAUACAUACAUAUAUACAAUAAACGAAUAUAUACAUAUACAUAUAUAUAUAUAUAUACAUAUAUUGUACCAGCGUGCGAUAACGUCCGCGUCAACAAUAGAUUAAGAUGGGUUACCGUUAAGCCACGCGGUAAUUAUAUAACAGAGCAAAACGCACGUCGCCGUUGUCAAAAUAAGAAAACAAGCGAUAAUAAAUAUCGACACGUAAACAACAACGAUUGUCGUAGAAAGAACGAAAAUGCCUGAAAUCUUCUCGGAAUUUUCUUUCGA